AUUGGCUUAUAAAUAGAGACACUCAGGCAGCUAAGUCUAUCAAAUUUUCUACAAUUUAUUGCUCCUUAGCUAUUAUAUACUCAAGAGAGAGGUUCACAUAUAUAUGGCUACGCAGUCAUCAAAGUUGGCCGUUGAAGGACUGGAGAGUUUUCUCAGUGAGAAGAAUAGCGUCGAUGAUGUGAUCACGGCUGCAAAAAUUGAGAAACUAGCAGACGAACUACUGGAAGAGACAGAUAUCAAUGGGGCUGAGCUAGUUAAGAAAGACCCAAUUCAAAUGAUUACAGAAGGGUUUAUAUACUUCAAGACCAACAAAUUUGACAAGAAUCCAGAAUUGUACAAUAGUCUUGCCCAUGGCCAGUGGCCUCAGUUUCUGGUAUUCGCAUGCUCAGACUCCAGAGUUAGCCCCUCUCAUAUCCUGAAUUUCCAACCUGGGGAUGCCUUCAUGGUCCGCAACAUUGCCAACUUGGUUCCACCAUUUGACCAGCUAAGAUACUCUUGCGUCGGCGCAGCCAUUGAAUAUGCCAUCAAAGCUCUUGAGGUACCAAAUAUCCUGGUGAUUGGACAUAGUCGUUGCGGGGGGAUAGAGAGGCUUAUGUCUCAUCCUGAGGAUGGCUCUGCUCCCUAUGACUUCAUCGACGAAUGGGUCAAAAUCGGUAAACCUGCCAAGGCUAAAGUCGUAGCAAAUUUUGGCAAUCUGCCAUUUGAGACACAAUGUGAACAUUGUGAAAAGGAGGCAGUGAAGUUGUCACUGACUAAUUUACUGAGUUAUCCAUAUGUCCAGAAGGCGGUGGCAUGCAAGAAGCUACGGUUGAUGGGUGGCUACUAUAAUUUUAUUGAUGGAACUUUUGAACACUGGGAAUUUGAGUGUCACUUUUCACCUCACAUCCCCGUCAUAGCCGUGUGAGUCUCAGUUGAAUUUGGGGUUGGCGGACAGUAUUAUUAUGGCCACUAAAUAAAGCACAUGCAGCAGCUAGCUCUUUGCUGUUAGUGGGCAGGAAUAAUUAUUUUGUUUCCUAUAUGCUUAAGAUUUUGAAUCGUGUGUGUAACAAUAAAGUCAAAUCUGCAUAUAUAAACUGUUUGAUGAGUGGUGUACUUGCAUAGAAAAAGGAUAUUGUAAUGGAAAUCUUAUUACUGUUUCAAGUUAUUUUCCUUUUAGCAGUGAAAGUGAUCGAUAC